GAGGAGAGCUCUCUUUUUUCCUUUUUCCCCUUUUUAUUCUACUACUUUCUAUUACCUAGCUUCUCUGGUGUCGUAUUCUGUCAGGACUGAUUCAAUCUUUUCCUUCUCACUAAGAACAUCUGAUGGCUUCAUUCUAUUUUUCAAACCAAAUCCAUUCCAGGGUCUUUGCUUUACUGAGUGUCUGCGAUGUGGAUGUCUGUGUGUGAUGGAAGGUGAAGCGAGAUCAGGCAGCUUCCUCUGCCUUUUGUGCAACUCCUGCUCCUACCAGAUGCUGUUGCUUUUUCUGUCUUUGAACCGUUAAUGAAUGCUACACUGAGUGGAGGAGCAGCACAGCUUACAGCCCGUUGAGGGAUUGAACCAGUGAAUGUGAACACUUGUUCCCCUGCUAUGACACAAAAUGGAUAUUAACCUGCAGUCACACCGCUUCUACCUCCCCCAGAUCUACUGUGAUGCCAGCACACAGGUCAUUGAGUAUAAGCACAGUGAACAGAGUAUUUGCCAGGCCCGUGCCUCUGUGAUGGUCUAUGAUGACACCAGCAAGAAGUGGGUGCCCAUCAAACCAGGCCAGCAAGGCUUCAGUCGCAUCAAUAUCUACCACAACACUGCCAACAGCACCUUCCGUGUGGUGGGGGUCAAACUACAGGAUCAGCAGGUUGUCAUUAACUACUCUAUUGUAAAGGGGCUAAAGUAUAAUCAGGCCACGCCUACAUUUCACCAAUGGCGUGAUGCCAGGCAAGUGUAUGGACUCAAUUUUGCCACUAAGGAGGAAGCCACCACAUUCUCCAAUGCCAUGCUGUUUGCCCUCAAUGUGCUCAGCACUCAGGAUGGAGGUCCAGCAGUUCAGCGCCAUGUACAGAACGGCCCCACAGCAGAAGAACUGGAGGUGCAGAGAAGGCAGAUGGAAAUGCAGCAACAGCAGCAGCAGCAAAUGCAGGCACAUAUUGAAAGAGAGCGACGCUCCUCCAACUCAGGCUCCCCGUUUCAGGGACAUCCCGCAGUGCUCUCGGUGGCACCUCCAAGUAUACUGCCACCAGUCAUGUCAGUUGGAGGCCCAUGCCCACCUCCACCUCCUCCUCCUGCACCUCCUGGGCCCCCGCCUUCUACAGCAGGAGCCCCUCCCCCUCCUCCACCCCCUUUACCUCUAGGUGGAGGUGGGUAUGGAGCUCAUCAUCAUCAUCAUCACGAGGAUGCGCACGCAGCCACUGGCCUCGCUGCCAUGAUUGCCGGGGCCAAACUGCGCAGAGUGCAGAGGCCUGACGAGAGUUCAGGAGCCAAAAACGAUGCCAAUCGGACGAGCGGAGGGAGUGGGGGCCUGAUGGAGGAGAUGAAUGCCCUGCUGGCACGGAGACGAAAAGUGGUCGACCAGUCAGAGAAAGAUGGAGACUGCCAAAAUGAUGAUGCAAAUUCUUCUCCAAUGUCUAGAGGACAGAAUGCAGAUGGUGCAAAGAAGCCGUGGGAUCGAGCCAACUCCGCAGAGAGAUCAUCACUGGUCUCGAGAGUUCGACCCGUGGGCAGUAGCACUGACACAGACUCCUUAGACUUGGAUAGAAUGAAACAAGAAAUCUUAGAAGAAGUUGUUCGUGAAUUGCACAAGGUGAAAGAUGAAAUCAUUGAUGCCAUUAGACAUGAACUUAGUAGAAUUAGCACGACAUAGUCUCCCAGCUUUCAUGUGACCCCACUUUUAUGAGCCCCGACCCCUGGCAGGAACUGCUGUAGCUGAAGAGGGGACGACAUCCAGCAACGUUACCACCAUGUUAAAGCAAAUGCUUCAGUUUGCUCUAAUAUGUACUCAACAUUGUGGUACCCCUCAGAUGUAAAAACAGAUGGAAGACAUUUGCACUGACUUCUCUGUUUUCUGGUUUAAAUUUAUAUUUGGCAAUGACCUUUUCAAGUCUUUAAUAUCUUUAUAGGAAUUUCUUCUGUUUUGUCCCUUUUUUGGAUUAUUUAUUAUUAUUAUUAUUAUUAUUAUUAUUAUUAUUAUUAUUAUUAUUAUUAUUAUAUUACUGGUAGUAGUGAUUAUUUAGGUGGUAGUAGGUAUUUAUGUAGUGCAUUAAUAAUAAUAAUAAUAAUAAUAAUAAUAAUAAUAAUAAUAAUAGACUGAACAUUGCCCAUGUUCAUAGGUCAGCCUUUUAUAUUGUUUAACUUUUAUUUUCCUUUGUUUGUGUUAAAAAUAUUUGUUUCUCACCAUGAUUUUGUAAAAAUCUUUUUUAAAGUACUUUUGGCAACACAGAUGUGUAACCACUGACAGGAAGGAGGAACAUGACACUGGGGGUCAGGAGAUAAACUUCCUUUUUGGAUAUUGCGCUCUUACAUGAAAAAAAAAACACUACACCAGAGUAUUUGUGAUCAUGUUGUUAAUAAAAUGUUUAUUGGCUAAAA